AUGUUGCAGUCUUAUCUCCAUCGUCGAGUUAUUUUACGAUUAGACUGGUUUUGGCCCGUCUACAAUGGUACUGCAGGAAACCAUACUGCUGUUGAGCUUSAUAACAAAGGCGUUUCUGAGUCAAUUACCGCGGAAUGUGAACGGCCCGGAGAUGGAACUAUAUUCCAUAGGCAACGCACGGCCACACACGUCGAUAGUGACUCGCCAGAAGAUUCCGGUGGUUAUAAGGUUCUUAAUCAACCACUUUAUGAUCCCUCAGCAAGUGAAUACUACGAGCKUUGUCUACGCCGAAUGAUACUGCUCUAUCCGGAAGAGGGUUGGGCGCGCACGGCCUCCUCCAGUUACUGGACCAUCACACCUUGUUGGUGGCAACCGAAUCGCUGYCGCAUCGAAGAGUUUACCGGCACACAACGGCAAUCGACCAAAGCUAAAAUGAUGCCGCUCGAACAGAAGGGUUCACUACUCAUCGCCGGACAUUUUCGCAGCAAAAAAGCGUUGACUGGCGGCAGUCCGUUGGGCGGCCGCACUUGUAUGGACUGUGUAGAUGAUGGUGAUGGUGGUGGCGUUCAUGGUGAUGGCGCGGCUAGCGGUAAAGAGCCGGAAAUUGACGAAUUCAAACUGUAUCUGACUUCGAAUAUCUCGAUGGAAGACUACAAUAUGGGCUACUGUUUGACCGGUUUUGUGGAGCGACGCUGCCAUCAAACCAACACAUACCAAAUGACCCACUUCGCCGUCAUCAAACGGCAAUGGCCGUCCAUUAGCAGUGCAGUUGCAAAGUCAACGUAAUUAAAUCAAAACUUUUACAUUAUUUAUUUAUACAUAGUGCGAGAGGUGC